AUGACAAACAAUAUGAACUGUCAUCAUGCGGAACAUAACCAAAACAAUAACAACAAAAGUCUAAACAAACAUGGUCGGUUGAAGGUACGUACGAGUGCCGAAGAAGCGGCCCGCAAGAAGUUGGAACAGCAACAGAAGGUGAAAGCAUUUCGUGGAGCGAUGGGCCGUAUAAUGGCCAAAAAAUCUGCCGAAGAAUACGAUGCGGAGAUGAUGGAACUGACGUCUAAAAUACUAAGCAACCAUCCGGACGUUGCCACACUGUGGAACUUGCGAAGAAUGUGCAUUCUUGCGCAGAAAGAAUCGGACACCGACAAUAUUCAAUGUGUUUUCGACAAAGACUUGCGCUUUACGGAAACGUGUUUAAUGGUGAAUCCCAAGUCGUAUUGCGCUUGGCAUCAUCGUAGCUGGGUGCUUGAAAAUGCCCCGACUGCAAAUUGGCAAACGGAGGUGGAAUUGUGUACCAAAUAUCUGAAGCUUGACGAGCGAAACUUUCACUGCUGGGAUUAUCGACGAUACGUGGUGGAAAAGGCGAACGUAACCCCGGAGAAGGAGUUCGACUUUUGUACGGAAAAGAUAGAAAAGAACUUUUCCAACUACUCCUCGUGGCACUACCGAAGUAAGCUACUUCCGGUUCUCUAUCCAAACACGGAAGAUCCUAGUCGCCCGAUAAGUGAGGAAAAGCUGAAGGAAGAGCUAGAGCUCGUUCUCACGGCGGCUUUUACCGAUCCAAACGAUAGCAGCGCGUGGUUUUAUCAACGUUGGCUUCUCGGCUACUCGCAACCGGAGCUCGACUUGGUCGCCUGUCGUAUCGAUGCGAGUCAAAAUUUGGCGGUGGUCGCCUUCAGUCAACCUGUAAAUUUAACCACUGGUGGUUUCACGUUGAACGUUUCGUGCUGUGAUGGUUGCAACGAUACAAGCAAAUGGAUGCCCACUAAUGAGGAGAGCACUUUCGCCGUGACAUGGGUUCUAAAAAGCUCCUUCGUGUUAAACGAAAGCGAUAACCCUACGGUUUCCCUACAAGCGACAGAUGGAGCUUCGUACAUGCUUGAUCUGCACGCUAUUUCCGAUCAAUGUGUGGUUGGGGUGAAGAAACCAAAGACAGGUUACGUUUUCGGUUCCGCCAUUGUAGAUGUGCUGAAAGCUCAACUUGCCUCAUGCCACGAGCUGCUUGAGUACGAACCGGAUAGCAAGUGGACGCUGCUUACCGCUGCUCUGCUCAUGAAGGCUAUCGACCGACGGGGAUAUCAUGACACAAUUCGUCAUCAUUUGACCAAGCUCGAGAGCGUCGAUUUCCUUAGAGCAGGAUACUAUCAAGAUCUUGCCAGCAAGUGGACAAUCGAAACAAAGCUCGAAAAUUGGAUUGAGGCUGGAAACUUGACGGCGGAAAUCGAUCUCUCCGGUAUGCAGCUAACGGUUAUGAAUUACGUGCAGUAUCUCGCCACAUCGGAUGCUGUUGAUUUGAGCCAGAAUCGUCUCGUCGAUCGCAAUCUUGGAGUGUUGCGAGAUCUGGUGUUUUGCCGAAGGUUGAACCUGUCGGGCAAUGAUCUGGAGACGGCCGCAGCCAUCAAGCACCUGUCGGCGGUAGAGAAAAUUGUGCUAAAAGAUAACGAGAAGCUCAUCAAGAACGAAACGGUUAUUGAAGAGCUAAAAACCAAAGUUAGCAAUAUUACGCUCUAA